AUGGACGUAAACAUUGAUUCUGUGAGCAUGUUCAAGGGAUUCCCAAGCGUCGAGGUCGAUGAGGCAUGGAACAAUGUGCUUCAAUAUCGUGCACUAGCAGUCUUUCCUGACGAAUUGACAGACCAGGAAUCCAUCGCCAUAGAAGACGGUACUGGUCGUGUUCUUGUCACCCUUGGUGUCUUUGAUGGCCUGUAUUGCUUGGAUGUGAUGCGAAGAUUUUCCUUUCGCGAAUUUUAUCCGGAUGAAUCGCAAAUCUCUCCCCUGGAAAUGAUGGAUUGCGUCGAUACCGUCCGCCAGUACAUCAUGUGCUAUGGAGACAUCUCUCUCACCACCUACGACUGGAAGCGAGAUCAUCUAUUGCCAUGGCCAAACUUUCGUGUCGAUCAUGAGUGUCGGGAUUGGGAUGGCAUCCUCAAGUGGGCAAUUGCCCAUCGCGCUUCUCGAGAGAUGCUGGCCUGA